CUUCGGGCUCUGGAUCGGGCCUAGGUGAUAUUGUUGAGGGAUACGGUGUCACAACUAUCAAAACGGAAGUCUGCUAUUCUCUCAUCUUGACUGAGACGUUGAACCUCACUUUCACGGCUGGAACCUCCACAACACCCAUCUCACUCGCAAACAUAACGGCCCUACCCUCAACAGGCUCAGAGUACGAGCGCAACGUCACAGACCCGACAGCACUUGCAUGCUGCCCGAAUGCAAACGCUUGCAUUGUUCAAGAUGGGGAACGGUUCUACCCACCCGAAGCCUCGAUUCCUGACUCUGAUUGUCUCUGCGGCAAGACUUUGGAGGGCGGGGGCAUUGGGUUCCGGACGGGUAGAUGCGUCGGGUAUGAUCAGUGUAACUCGACGUCUCCCUGUGCUGGAGGUGGUGUAUGUCUGGUUGACAACUGUUGUGGCUUUAAUGUCUGUGUGAAAGGGACGGAGUGCUCUGCUCCAAAGGCCGGUGGGAUGCGGCUGAAUCUCUUUGGGACGGAGACUUCUGGAGGGCUUUUCUGUGGGCAGUACACACUGCUCAU